AGUGGGUAUAAAUAAGUUAGUACUGGAUUUGCUGAUAUUCAUUUGUCUUCCAUCCAGCUGCUUUGGGAUAAUAUCCCUCAAGGCACACCAGUCUGCUGUGAGACUUUUUUCUUGUCUUUGGAUUAAACAAAAAUGAUUGUAAUUCUGCUGGUGUCUAUGUCCAUGGUGGUGUACAGUGGUGGCCAAGAACUGGAGCCACCAGCAUUCCUGCCAGAGCUGCUUAACACACCUGAAAGAAUCUUGAACAAUGCCACACUCUUCAAUGGAGUCUUUCAAAAUGUGGAAAGUGUUGCAUUAUUUUUUGACUGCCUGGGCUCUCACUUCACCUGGUUACAGUCCAUCUUUACCAACUUCCCUGCCCUUCUCAACUUUGUGAACAGAAUGAAGUGUGUCACUGGGUUUUGCCCCAGGGAUUUCGAGGACUACGGCUGCUCUUGCCGGUUUGAGAUGGAAGGGCUCCCCGUGGAUGAAGCUGAUGAAUGCUGCUUUCAGCACCGUAGGUGCUACGAGGAAGCGCUGGAGAUGGAAUGCACAUGGGACCCAUCAAAGAUCUCUGCAGAUGUCAGCUGCUCUACUAAAAACCUGACCUGUGAGUCUGUGGAUCCCUGUGAACAGUUCCUCUGCACCUGUGACAAAGAUGCCAUUGAAUGCUUUGUGAAUGCCCAGAUCAACUCCUCCCUGAAUGGGCUGGAUGUCUCCUCCUGCCCAUCUCCAGUUACAGAAACAACCAGUAAGAGAGAGCUGACAACACGACACAUGGAGGCAUUGGUUCAUCAAGGGACUGAUGAAACACUGGCUGUGACUGCAUCUGUGGAAGAAGUGGUUUCUUUUGAGCCCCGUGACAGAGUCUUGGCAACUUCUAAAGCCAGAGUUACCUCAAGGGACCACAGAGGCACAGCUCCUGCUGCUCCCAUCCUCUCAAUAAAAGAAGAAGAUGGAUUUAUGGAAGCUUUGGUCCCAGUGGAAGAGAUAACCACCUCCCCAGCCUCAUUCCCAGGAGACAGUAACUCAAUGCAAGUCAAAAUUGUCUCCACCAACAGGAGUCCUGCAGGCACACCUGCAAGGACAAAAGCAAAAGAGACAAGCCCUGCAAAGGGUGACCUGAGCACAGCUUCCUCUGGCAGAGCUCUGGACCUGGCACUGUCUGAGAGGGGACCUGAAGGAAAAGUGUGUGAGCGAUUGACCUUUCUGCAAGAGAGAGGACGUGGAAGAGUGGAGAGGGAGCUGCCCCAGCUUGGAGAAAUGCUGUUCUGCUUAACUGGGAGAUGCCCAGAGGAAUUUGAGUCCUAUGGCUGCUAUUGUGGCCAAGAGGGAAGAGGAGAUCCCACUGAUGCACUGGACAGAUGCUGCUUCUCUCAUCACUGCUGUAUGGAGCAAGUUAAGAAACUUGGAUGUCAUGCAGAAAGAAAUUUGAGAUCUGAAGUUGUAUGUUUUGAUCACACACCAAAAUGCAUUGGCCGGAGCACGUGUGAGAAGCUCCUCUGCGCCUGCGACGCGGCCGCGGCCGAGUGCAUGGCCUCUGCCUUCUUCAACGCCAGCCUGAAGCUGCCCCACGGGCAGGGCUGCCACGGGGAGAAGCUCUCCUGCCCAGGGGACUCUGCUGAAAGGCCUCCAGCAGGCACCCAAACAGGCUCACAAACAGGCACAGGGGCUUCCAGCUCCGAGGAGAGCAGUGAGGAGGAAGGAGCCCCGCGGGGAGGAUUGCGGAGAGCCAGGAGAGGGACGCGGCAUCACUUGGGGAACGCCAGAACUGGGGGGCACGAGGGCAGAUAACCCUGAGGGCAGAACACCACCCACCUCCAGGGCCUUGGGAAGGGCCAGGAACAGCAGCCAGGCACUGAGUACCUGCCCUCCUCAUCCUCUACAUGCUGCCUCACACUCUCCAGCACACAAAUGACAUAAUCAUAGACUAGGAUUAGGUGUUAGGCUGUAUUAACUCCUUACUAUGGGGAGGUCAGCACUAUGGAGCAUCUGUCUAGGUCAGAUAUUACAUUAAAUAAUUAUUGGACAGUGUUCUAUAUAACUUCACUUGAUUUUUUAAUGUAAAAACUGUUAUUAUCAGACUGACUUUUGUUAACUGUGCACUUGGUUCAGACUGGAUCUUGCUGAUGGUGUCCAAGUUUUCCAGGUUUUUAAUUAAACCAACCUGCAACUACUCCAACUCCCUCUGCAGACAUUUUUCCUUUAUUGAGCUUAGCAGGAAACACCCAAAAGCAAAG